GCGUUUGACAAUUGCGCAUCAACAUUAAAGGGCAGGUUACUCGGUAUUAUUUACAAGCUGGCCGUGGUUUGGGAAACUUAAACCUAGGAAAGAUCUAGAGAAUUAGCAGCUGUCUAGUAAAAUGCCGGAAAUCAAGUUGAAAUCAGACAGUGAAGAUGAUGACACCCACUUACGGGUUAUGGAUAUUGAUGGCUACUUUAUCCCCACCUUCCCUCUCCCGGAUCACGAGAAACACUUCCGGUCUAUGGCGGGCUGGAGAGCCAGAUCUGAUGACGUAAUGAUCAGUGCUUAUCCCAAAGCUGGUACUCAUUGGGUAUGGGAAGUCGUAGGCAUGUUGUCCCGCCAGAAAGCUGAACGUAUACCGGAAAUAAAAGAAACCGUCAUGAUGGAAGGGAUAUCAGAAGAAACCUUUGACAACAUAGCUUCACCCAGAAUCAUGAACACACACAUUUACUUUAAGUAUCUGCCCAAAGAUUUCUUCGACAAGAAGUGUAAAAUUGUUUAUGUCAUCCGUAACCCGAAAGACAUCGCCGUUUCAUUUUACAAUCACCACAAGAAGCUGCUAGAAUACGAAUUUAAUGGACCCUGGGAAGGCUAUGUCAAACGGUUUAUUCAAGGAAAAAUGGAUUACGGUUCCUGGUUUGACUACACUCUGGAGAUGGAGAGGUUUAUUAAGGAGAACCCCGGAUACCCCAUUCAUGUCGUGUUAUACGAGGACAUGAAAGAGGACAGCUUAAGGGAGAUUAAAAGAUUAGCAGACUUUCUGAAGGUGGAUGUGAGUGACGAGAUGGUCAGAAAAAUUGACAGUCUGUGUCAUUUUGACAAAAUGAAAAAAGAGAAAAAUGUGAAUGAAGAUCCAUCAGAAUGGAGAGACAACAACCCAGGGAUGUACAGGAAAGGACAAGUUGCAGACUGGAAGAAUUGGUUCACCAUCGCCCAAAAUGACAUGUUUAAUACAAUUUACAAGGAAAAAAUGGCGAGUUCGAAAGUUGAAAUAAGAUUUUCUCUCUAAAUACACAAACAUACUAAAAUAUGCAGUUUUUGCCCUAUGGAUGUUCAAAUGAAUGUUUAUUUGAAGAUUACAGUACUAUAGUAGAUGAAAACAGAUCUCAGAAUAUCAUUGAAAUUAAUAUUUUUAGAAAUAUCUACUUUUGCUUCAGAGUUAAGCUAGUACAGCAAAAGACCUAAAUUUUCAAUGAAAUAUGAACCAGGGGGACAAAUGAAAGAGUUACUGAGAUUACAGAAAUGAGACACAUGAUCUCCUGAAAUAGAAAUUUUUGACAAAGUCUCAAGUCUGUUACAUGAUCAGAAACAAGAAGUAGUCUGCUUUUCUGCAAAAGAAAUAUGAUUUCCUGUCAAAGAAUAGUUUUAUUUGUAUUUUAAAUAUGGAUUGUGUCAGAUAUUAGAAUAAUUUGAAUCCGAAGUGGUUCUGUAGAAUCUGUGGUGAACAAUCCAAACCGAAUGCACCAGGGUAAAACGUGUAUCUACUCUUUGCAUUUGAUACAAUCAACUGAUGUCGAGGUAUAAUUGUAUAUGUAUAUAAGUGAAUAAGCAAACGAGAAGUGGGGAAACUUAUAACAUCACUCAGGAAGUUGUUCUCAUUUUGUAACUCAUAUUCGAUAAAUGAAUAUAUUUCAGUAGCAAUAUUUCUUCAAGAAUUGUUUGAUGGGCUAAAACUGUAUUUGGAAUGUGUAUUCUUUAGGUACUCAGUGAAUGACGUGUACAUUAUGUACAUAUAGAACUAGUUGUAAUGACGUUAUGGUACACUGACGACGCUAUGGUACACUGACUGUUAGAAUGACAUUCUCUCACCAGAGGGCGCGUUACGCAAGCUUCACAUACACCUCUAUCAAUGCUUGGAAUCACGUGACAAUAUAAUCACAUGAUAUAAACAUUCAUUCUCGGUAGGUGAUACAUCAGGCUCUUUUUAUAGCCCACUGGCACUUUGAUAAGUACAUAUUUACCAUUUAGCUGUUUGUCCUUUAUUUUACAAUUUUACAAGUAUUUUUACAGCCUUUCUUACUUUCGAUUCAAUGUUUACAUUAAAUCUCCACCACGUGAAUGUUCUGCAUUCAUACGCAUAUUACGAAGUAGUUCCAAUUUUAGGAUUAGAAAACGGCGAUUUUAAACAAUUUACAGUAAGCAUCAAUUUAAUUGCACCAAAACAUUUCAUAAUAUGACUAAAUAUUUAGUCGAAAACAUAAAAGUUGGAUAUUAGAAACUUUUACAAGAUUUCUGUAAAAAGCCGUUGACAGAGGUGUAGUGCGAAGAGCGCACGGAACUCUGGGUAGAGAAUGUUACAAUGACCUCAUGGUACAAUGAUCACGUUAUGAUACACUGAAGAAGUUAUAGUACACUGACGUUAUGGUACACUGAUGACGUUAUGGUACACUGAUGACGUUAUGUAUUCAGGUUACGGAGAUCCCUCUUAAUUUAUUUGAAUAAUUCUUUUUACUAAACGUUCCGAUACACUGACGAAGUUAUGGUUCACCGACAACGUUCCGAUACACUGACGACGGUAGAAUACACUGAUAGCCCUCAUGCCUUGAAAACAUUAUGGUACAUGUACACAUUAUGCAAUAUUAAGAAUAUAAAUUAUACAUUUCUAUGCAGACUUGAACGUCUUCCUAAUCUAUGAUAAUCAAUAUUUUAUGCAUUUUUGUACAUUGUAUAGAGAACAAGUAUUAUAUUAUUAAAGUUAUAUAUUGUAGUCGUAUACAAGAGGAGGUUGUGAUGAAAUAUUUCAAUAAAUGAUACAUGUAUGUAGACAUC